AGGAUUACACAUUGUUGCAAGACAAAGUAGCAUGACCGUUUUUUGUUGGAGUUGUAUAAGAGACAAUUCUUCCGUGGGACGCCAAGAAUCUAACAAUUGGAGGACUGGCUACAGUAACCAUAUCUCGUCUUGGUUGCGAGAUGGUAAUUUCACAUCUGAUUUACGUUUUAUCAUAAGUAGUGCUGGAAUCGGCUCUUGCAUCACAAGAUUUAGCUAGUCUGAAAGAAUCAUCUCUCUCAGGCAUUGAACUCCUUCCAUCUUGAAGUGCUCACACUGGGCGUAUUAAUGUAUUCGCUUGCAGCCUAGAAUCAGUCCCUUCUUGACUUAUUCGUCCAGAAUGAACAUGUUUGACAGAUAAUCGUGACUCUGCUCUGGUGAGUACUCUAUUACGCCGGCUUGAAUGACUUUUGCGACGGCAGUGUCCACCCCCAUUUGGUUGUUUUCUGAUACACAGAAAUGUCUGUUCCUCCACAGGUGUAGGGUAUUUGUUCAUUGGAUUCGGAAAGCCUCCUCGGCCACCCUCUUUGACUAUUGGUGAUUUGUCUGGCUGUCCAAUGUCUGGAAAAGUGCUCCAGACGACCCCCUGGUGGAAUCCCACCCAGAAGCACUUUGUUGCCUUGGACUUUGAACUUACGGGUAAGCUCAAGGAGCUCUACAAUUUGUUCACUGGACAAAAGCACAAAGAUACUCCUGAUGAGUUGAGAGUAAAAAAAGCUGUUCGCGUAUCAAGAACAAAUGAACCAGAUGAAGCUCACAUUCUAAUUGUUUACAAGUCAUGUAAAGCUCGAGGUAAUUCAACUAAAAGAAGUCCUGUAUACCCAAACCACGACAUGACUUUACUACAGCUGCUAAAUAGGGAUCUUGGUCCUCAUCAACGAUAUACCCUGUCUAUUACUCUCAGUUCCUUUAUUUUAAAUAAUGUUCAUGUACAACGUGCUCGCGACAGAAUUGUCUUGCAAUCGUCUUUCUUACGCGAAGUGGUAGUGCUUUAUGGUCGUUUAACGAUAGUAGAGUUUCAACACCAUUACCCUAGACUACAACAUCUUCAGACACUAUAUACAGAGCUGAUUCAAACUAACGAGGUUAAUCUUACUGUCAACUUGAAUGGCCUUAAAAACUAUGGUGCGGUAGUAUCUUCUGCAUGCAAGACUAUUGCGAUUACAUACAACAACUACUAUAACGAAUUUCAGGACGGAUAUAUGUUCAGGGUAUCGUUUGCGAGACGGACCGCCAUUGAUCAUCUCAAUUAUGUUGAGCUCACAACAAAUGACUUUAACAUCCAGGAAAUUGCCGAGAAUUGUCGAGUGUGUACGGUGGAUCCUGGAAGAAGAGAUGCCUUCAAGGCAUAUUAUGGUGAUGAUGGUAUAAGAUGCUUAACAAGAAAAGAAUACUAUAGUGCAUCUGGUAGCGUUAAGCGGAUGAUAAAUGAAGAUGCAAGGAAGGUGGCCCAAGGAAUUAAGGAAGUUGGAACAUAUAUCCCAUCAGUAAAAACAACAUCAGGAGAGCAAUUUCUAAGACUCACCCAAUAUAUUAUAGCCAAUAUGCCUACUCUAUUCAAUUUUUAUAACUUCAGAGUAGCUGAAAUAUAUUGGAAAAAAAUUAGAGGUCGACAGAAAGCCCUAGACAAUUGCGCCAACAUUCUUAUUCAUGGGUGUAUAAAAAACUCUCACCAACGUGUCUUUAUAACCGGAAACGUUUCUAAAAUGCCCUUAAUUGUCUUUGGAAAUGGGCUUACAAACAAAUCAAGUGUCAGAUUUCACAGUUUAUGGCAUGGAGUAUCCGAAAAAAAAUUACAGCAAUCUUCUUUUGUAUUCGUUAUGUUCAAUGUUGAUUUUGAAAUUUGGAGUGGCAAUGGUAAGCCAGAAAUGUUCAAUCCUCAGCCAAGUUCAAGAACAACAAGAACAACAGCAACACAAAGCGCCACAAUGAACGUGGUUGCUCCUCACUCCGGUGGACGAACUUAA